AGGAGGAGAGCAGCAGCAGCAUCAACCCAGCGCCAGCAGACGAUAUAUGUCAGUGUUUUACUAGCGUGCAAGGGGGAAGGUUCACAGUGUUUCUCGCUCCCGUGAUUCUGCCUUGCCUUCACCACGACGCUUCUCCCUGUACACCCUUUGCGGGUGGCUGGGCCGGGCUAAGAUGGGCUCCAGCACCUCCGGCUUGAGAAAAUUUUGGCUUCUUCUCUGGAAAAAUUGGAUUCUGCAGCGACGGCGGAAGGUUCAGACUGUGCUGGAGGUGGUGGUGCCCGUGGUCUUCUGUGUGCUGCUGGUGGUUAUCCGAGACUUGGCUCCCUAUGGAGUGUUCCCCAACGCCACACACUACAAUGCCUUCACCAUCACCAGCCUGCCCGACACGCUUAAACUGGGUCAGGGUGAGGGAGUGUGGGACACCAUCACGGACAGCAUUAUUGGGGAUGGAAUCAGCAGCAGACGUCGGCGCUCCCUGCCACUCCCAGGACACUCACACCUGCACCUCAGGAGGAAAAGACAAAACUUCAUUGAGUCAUUCUUUGGCUUCGAUUUGGAUCCUAAAUGGCCAAUUGCAUACUCUCCAAACACAACAGCCGUCACCAAGCUGAUGAACCUGGUGGGGGAGAGACUGGUGCUGGAUGAGAAGAUGUAUGGGUUUGCUACAGAGGAAGAUCUUGUGAACUACCUCAGCUCUCUCUCCAAGGAGGAGGAGAAGAAUGUUGUGCUGGACAUCCUUGGUGGCAUUGUCUUCACUAAUCCCUUUCCUGAUGAUGACAAACUCCCCCAACACCUGUCAUACAAGAUCCGACUCAAGGGAUCUCAGCGAGCAGGGCAGAAGAGGAACCCCUUUUUGCCGCCACCACAGUGGUACACAGAGCUGUCUUACCCACUGUUCCAGGUGCCCGGCCCUCGCUCCCGCACCAAAAACAACGGUGGUAGGCCAGGUUACUUCAAUGAAGGCUUCCUGGCACUUCAGCAUGCUGUGGACAUGUCCAUUGCAGAGUUCAUCACUGGCAAAGACCCAAGCAUGACGUACACAGUGGAGAUGCAGCGAAUGCCUUACCCACCCUUCAUAGACGACACGUACCUGGUGGCCCUGCAGGCCUGGCUACCCUUCGUCCUUCUCGUCUCUUACAUCUAUCCUGCCAUCAACAUUGUUAAGAGUGUUGUCUAUGAGAAGGAAAAGAAAUUGAAGGAGUCGAUGAAGAUUAUGGGUCUGAAGAACUACUUACAUUGGUCUGCCUGGUUCAUCAAGUCCUUCAUGUUCCUCGCCAGCUCCACCUCGCUUAUCACCAUCCUCCUUUGCAUACACUGGCACGGCCCAGGAAGUUUAGCAGUUCUGAGUCAGAGUGACCCGUCUCUGGUGCUGGUGUUCCUGCUGCUCUAUGCCGUCACUGCCAUCUGCUUUUGCUUCUUCCUCUCCACACUCUUCUCCAAAGCAAACAGUGCAGCAGCCAUCACAGGACUCGUAUGGUUCUUCACCUACGUGCCGUACACUGUGCUGCGGCCACGCUAUGCCAGCCUCACCCUCGGUAACAAGCUGGCCCUGUGCCUUCUUUGUAACACUGCCAUGAGUCUUGGGUGCCAGCUGACCUCCAUGUUUGAGGGCACAGGCUCAGGGAUACAGUGGGACCUGCUCUUCUCUGGAGUGUCGCCUGAUGACCCUUUCACCCUGGCACAUGUGUUUGGCAUGCUGGUGCUGGACUCCUUCCUCUUCAGUGUCCUGGCGUGGUACAUCGAGGCACUCUGGCCUGGUGAUUUUGGUGUGCCUCAGCCCUGGUACUUCCCCUUCAUGAAAUCCUACUGGCUGGGGAGGAGUGUGGAUGAGGUCAAGGAGCCUGUGACCCCUCCCGUCCAAAAUUCUAUGUUCUUUGAAGAUGACCCUAAAGGAAUACCUGCUGGCGUUCAAGUGAAAGGACUGACCAAGGUAUUUUCACGGCUGAACAAAGUGGCAGUGAACAAGCUGGACCUUAAUAUGUACAAUGGACAAAUCACAGUGCUGCUGGGUCACAAUGGAGCUGGCAAGACUACUACCAUGUCUAUGCUUACUGGUUUGUUUCCGCCCACCUCCGGCACUGCCUUGGUGGGCGGACAUGACAUUGUGACGGAGAUGGAUGAGGUUCGGGUCUCUCUUGGCCUCUGUCCUCAGCAUGACAUUCUCUUUGAUGAUCUGACAGUGGCUGAGCACAUCAUAUUCUUCAGCAAGCUGAAAGGGAUGUCAGGGGAGGCAGCUGAGGAGGAAGUGAGGAUCAUGGUCAAGAAAUUGAAGCUAGAGGACAAGAAGGAUGCCUUGGCUCGAACUUUGUCUGGAGGGAUGAAGCGCAAGCUGUCAGUGGGCAUAGCGCUGUGUGGCGGCAGCCGUGUGGUGUUCCUGGAUGAGCCCACCUCUGGCAUGGACCCCGGGGCUCGGAGACUCAUCUGGGACCUCCUGCAGCAGGAGAGGACGGGACGCACCAUCCUGCUCACCACACACUUCAUGGAGGAGGCAGACCUGUUAGGAGACCGCAUUGCUAUCAUGGCGAAUGGUGUGGUGCAGUGCUGCGGCACAUCACUGUUCCUCAAGAAAAUGUAUGGUGCUGGCUACCGCCUCAUCAUUGUCAAGGAGAAAGGCUGUGAUGUGGAUGCCAUAACACAGCGGCUCCAGACAUACAUUCCAGAUGCUGAGCUUGACCAGAAUGUUGGAGCUGAACUUUCUUACGUCUUGCCAACUGCUGAAGUGUCCAAGUUUGAAGCAAUGUUCCUUGAACUUGAGCAGAAGAAGGUAGAACUUAAGAUUUCCAGUUAUGGGGCUUCCCAGACCACCAUGGAUGAAGUGUUUCUGAGAGUGGGUGAGGCAUCAGAGCCUGACCUGGUGACCCAGCACCGUACCACCCUACUGAGGGCCAAGGCAGUGGCCAAUGGUGUGGCAGGGGGAGGCUCAGGAAGUGCCCCUCAUGAGAACGGUCACCUCCUGGACCACACAGACACCAUUGAGGAGAUACCCAUGGAAACGUCACCAGGGGACCGUGGCCGACUGAUGGCCACAUGGUUCAAUACGGCCACACAGCGCGUCACUCUUGCCCUCCAGAAUGCAAAGAAUGCAGCAAACAGCGUCCUGGAGUCUCCUAGUCCUCGUCGAAUGCCUCUACAGAAGAACUCUGGCUGUUUGCUCCUCCUGCAGCAGUUUUGGGCGAUGCUGAUCAAGAAAGUCCUAUACACGUUCAGGAACAAAUUUCUCACCUUUGCUCAGAACAUCAUUCCUGUGGCCUUCCUCAUCCUGGCGCUGGUGGUGGUGCAGACGCUCCCGGGAGUGAAUGAUGCACCUCCUGAAGUCCAUUUUUCACUUAAUAAUUUUGAUGGCACAGUGACAACGCUGCAAGUGAUGAACCCAAACAACCAGACAGAGGAGCUGCUGGGUGGCCUGACUGGGGUGUUCAAGGGACAGAAUGUGUUGGAGUCUAUCCCUCCAGAUGCAAACCACACCACAGAGAUCCUGGAGGAGGCUGCAAGGGACCUUCCUUCUUUCAAUCAACACAAUAUGGUGAGUCUAAGCAUCAAUGGAAAUCAAGACAGAGCUUCCAUCCUGGCUUUUUUCAACAACCAGCCCUUCCAUACACCACCACUGGCACUGGCAAUGGCUGACAUAGCGGUGGUACGUGCAUUCACCAACAACAACAAUAUUACUAUCACCACCUCUAACCACCCACUGCCAAGAACAGAUAUUGAAAAGCUGACUCAGGACCAGCGACAAAACUUGGGCUUCCAGAUUGGGUUCAACUUGGCCUUCGGGAUGUCUUUCCUGGCAGCCUCUUUUGUCAUUUUCCUCAUUCAAGAACGCAGCAGUAAGGCCAAGCACCUGCAGUUUGUUUCUGGAGUCAACUUUGUCACCUAUUGGAUGGCAUCAGCAAUCUGGGACUACUUGCUCUUCAUUAUUCCCUGUUGCCUGUGUCUACUUUGCCUUGCUCUGUUUGGCAUGAAGGGACUCAGCGAGGGAGAGCAGCUUGGACGCAUCUUCCUGGUGAUGCUGAUGUACUGUUGGGCAUCCCUUCCUCUGAUGUAUUUGUGUUCCUUUUUCUUCUCAAUUCCAUCUGGAGGCUUCACUAAGAUGAUCAUGGUCAACAUCAUAACUGGCAUGGCCACCAUCAUUACUGUCACCAUUCUCAGAAUCCCGGACCUUGAGCUGCAGCAUAUUGCACAGCUCCUUGACUGGAUCUUCUUGCUCUUUCCAUCCUAUGCCAUGGCUGCUGCUAUCACUGAUAUUUACAGCAACUUCAGAUCCACUGAGAUAUGCAAACAACCAGCCUUUAGUGUCAUCUGCUCCUUGAACAUUGCACCAAAUCCUUGCUGCCGAGAGGAAAGCAAGUGUGGCAGCUUUGGGUGUGUGGAGUGGACGGAGGACUACCUUGGCUGGGAGAAGCUUGGUGUUGGGCGGAUGCUGGUCUUCCUGGCAUUGGAGGGUGUGGCUUUCUUUUUGCUUAUCACCAUAGUGGAGAUGAAGGUGUUUCAACGAGUGAAGUACAUCCUAGCACGCCUCAGGAGGGCUGUCACACCCUGGAAGAAUGGACGGGCAUUGGAGGAUGGACUAGAGACAGAGGAAGAUGAGGAUGUGGUUGCAGAAAGACUCCGCAUCCUUAACACUCCACCAGACAAACUGAUGGAUUCUGACAGGCUGAUAUUAAGGGAUCUGUGUAAGACAUACCCAGGUGGCCUGACAGCAGUAGACCACAUCAACCUUGGGGUGCCUCUGGGAGAGUGUUUUGGGCUCUUGGGGAUCAACGGUGCUGGGAAGACUACCACUUUCAAAAUGUUGACCGGUGAUCUCCAGGUAUCUGAGGGAGAUGCCUAUGUGAAUCAUUACAGCAUUAGAGCAGAUAUUAAGAAGGUGCGGCAGGACAUUGGCUACUGCCCUCAGUUUGAUGCACUCCUAGACCACCUGACAGGCCGGGAGACACUGCGUAUGUUUGCUCGGCUGAGGGGUGUGCCCGAGCGGCUCAUUGACUCCACUAUCCAGAGCCUGGCAGAGGAGCUGCUCAUCACUCAACACCUUGACAAUCUUUUCAAAAAUUACAGUGGUGGAAACAAGAGGAAGCUGAGCACAGGUGUGGCUUUGGUGGGUGACCCUCCACUGGUGCUCCUGGAUGAGCCCUCCUCAGGGAUGGAUCCGGUGGCACGCCGCCUCCUCUGGGACGCCCUGACCUCAGUGAGGGAUGCUGGUCGGAGCAUCAUCCUUACGUCCCACAGCAUGGAGGAGUGUGAGGCUCUGUGCACACGUCUUGCCAUCAUGGUGAAUGGAAAGUUCCGUUGCCUUGGCUCUCCCCAGCAUCUCAAGAGCAAGUUCUACUCCAUCAUACUACGUGUGAAGAUGAGUGAGCCAGAGGAUGGGGAGGGGAACUACACCAUUGACCAGGCCUCACCCUCACGGCUACCUCCUGAGAUGCGCAGUGUCAAGAGCUUCAUUAAGGAAACUUACCCGAAGAGCCACCUUCGAGAGAUGCAGUGGGGACGGCUGGAGUACUUCAUUCCUGCAGAAGGACUCACGUGGGCCUCAGUGUUUGGCACUUUGGAGCGGAGCCGCCAACACCUUCCUAUUGAGGACUACAGUGUCACCCAGACAACACUGGAGAGGGUUUUCCUUACCUUCACCAGAGGACAGCGGCCAGAUGAACAGGACAAGAGAUAGCUGCAGGCAAAGGCUUGAGGGAAGAUUUGGGCACAGUUAUCUUAAUAUUAACACCACACUCUGUAAUAUAAAAAGAGUAGUGGUUUAGUAUAUUUUAUUACUCUUCCAGUACUGAUGUUAUUGCUAGUCAUUGUUUUCUUACUAUACAUACUAUUGUUAUGUGCUCAGAAAUGCUGGCAAGAUUUCUGACACUCCUUUCUGUAUCAGCUUGAGUGGAAUUAUGGUAGAGAGGGAAUUUUAUAAGAGGAAGUGAAUAUGUGAAAGGUAAGACACUGCAAGAUAGAUACUGCAUUGUGUUCAGCAAUGACUGCUUAGAUGGAAUGAAGUCAGUCUAUGUUAAAUAGAAUAAAAAGAAAUGAUUUUGAAGGCUGCUGUGGAGUGAAGUGUCUGUAUUAAAGGAGGAGUGAGUUCAGCAAGUCAAAAGAAGUAUCAGAUAUUCAAGGUCAUACGGCACAAAGUGAAGAAAUUAACUAUGGAGAAUUGUAGUGAAGAAGGCUUUCCUACAGUGUGUGUUGUGUUGAUGCUUGAAAAGGAGUGAGAGCAACAAAGGACACCUAAGUGGGAAUGAUGGUAAGAUGCUGUAGGAUUGAAGGAUGAGGAAGGAGGUUUCUGGCAAAAAUGUGCUUAUGGUCAAAGUAGAAGUGAUUGUCAAUAUUUACUGCAGUCAUACUCAAAACAGGUGCCAGAAUAUAUAUAUAAAGAUUUUUUUUCAAGUUAGCACUCAGUGAUUUAUAGGAAUCUAUAAAUCACAGAGAUACUCCAUGAUGGCUGAGCAAGACAAGCAUAGGAAACAAGGUAUGACCUUGUGCUUCAUUAUUGCUGUUGUUUUCCUGUUAUAUGUUGUCUUUUGGAUGUUCAACAUGGCAUGUACAUAUUAUUUCAUCAAAAAUAACUGCAGUGUUGAUAUAUAUAUAUAUAUAUAUAUAUAUAUAUAUAUAUAUAUAUAUAUAUAUAUAUAUAUAUAUAUAUAUAUAUAUAUAUAUAUAUAUAUAUAUAUAUAUAUAUAAUAUAUAUAUAUAUAUAUAUAUAUAUAUAAAGUAUAUUAAUAGCACAACAGCAGUACAAUUUUAUAACUUAAUGAAAAUUUGAAUCCUUUAGAAUUAGGUGAGUCUAUUCAACACAACAACUGUGAUCAGUAGACCUUAAGAUGAACAAUCAAAUGAACAUUUAAAUAUUUUUAACAGUGUAUAUAUGUAUGCAGGUACUAAAAUAACAAAACAAAUAAACAUAUGUUAGCCAAACAAAUGCCUUAUGUGAUUAUUAGAUUACUAAUAAAUAUAUGAUGUCA